AUGGUUCAGCCGAUCGGACAGCAGAUGCACAUACUUGGCACUGGAACGAUAGACGAUCCAGCAAUAACGCCAGAUUCGAGCCACGUUCAGUUAAGAGUAGCAUCCAUGAGCAAUGUCGCAUCAUCAUUAGCAAGCGUAGGACAACUUGUCCGGUGGCCUCGAAUUAAUUUGGCAGUUGUGCAACAUCCUCCAGAUACAACUACAGUGGGCGAAAGCGAUAGUGAGAGCGAGAGUGAAGAAAACCAUGAUUCGCAUGAUGAAGACGGCGUAAUGAACUACGCACUCCAAGUUAUUCAGUUAGGCGUGCUUCUUAUGCAGCUGAAUGACACAGAAAAAGAAGGCGAUGGAGAACGGUGUCUGAUGAAUUGGAAGCUCCUUAUGCUAUAUUUCAGAGCGAGGAAACGAGGGAUGAAAUAUGCUUUUGAAGCAAUGCGCCUCAUAACAUUCACCAAGGCUAUCCUUACCGAGCGGCAGGCUCAUCGAGUUAUACACGGACAAUUUGUAAACACUAAAGGCGGGGUUGGAAAUAAUAUAGCGAAUGACCUUAAGAUGGAAACGAUGGUGAAAGACCAUAAAAAAGUCUUAAGAGGAUUAUGUGGCAACAAAACACUUAAGGCAAUUCAGAGGGCAACUAGUGCAUCGCAUGGGUUGAAGACCAUAACGAAAGCAAUCGACCACGAAAGUAAUGUACCACCAGAUUCAACACAUCACACGCAUGCAAGCACAGAAGAGUUGGUGAAAGAAAUGGUGAAAAUAUUACGAAAAAUAAAUCCCUUUGACCGUCGUCCUGGAAGAAAAUUUGUAUCAUUUAUGAAUAUACCGAAGAGCCCAUUAAGCAAAUUAAACGUCAAGGCAUUUCACAAAUGGCUCACAUCAAACAAAAAGAGAUUGGCUGAUGAUGCUUUCGCUAUGUUAGAUGAGGUAGAUGGUGAUGACGAAAUUGAUGAUGAAGAUACGGACGAUGAAGAUGAUAAUGAAGAUACAGACUUGGAAGUGGAAGAUGAGGCUACAUACAGAGUAGAGACAACACAUUUAUCUUAA